GCACGUGACUUCCUCGGCUGCACCUGCAGCUCCGCCGGGUGGCCCGCCCCCCGCCCGCCCCCGGCGCGUCCCCAUAAAAGCGCUUGCUCCCGGCCUCUCGGGGACAGGAACCUUCCCGCCAGGACAGCCCAGCACGCAGGGCCCCGCCAGCGCCCUCCCGCCCGGGUCUGGGCGCUGGCUCAACACCUGUGACUUCCCUUGUGCGCCCGCACAUUGUGGUCACAGCGGUGCCAGGGCUGCGCAGAGCCUCACACGUCGGCAACGUCGUGGCCAUCAUCCCUCCGCCGCGGCUGUGGUCCGGUUACCUGUGACAGCGGGGCCACGCACGAGCGGCGCUUCCCACCUGUAGUGACUCCUGUGCGCGGGGCGUGACCCCCCCACCCCGCCGAGGGCCCACCUGCCUCUCCACGCCAGUGCUUUGCAGGGAGCGAUGGCCGAGGCUCCUGAGAGGGGCCCCCCGCGCCUGCUGUUCGGAGACUGGCUUCUGGGGGAGGUCAGCAGCGGCCGAUACGAAGGCCUGCGGUGGCUGGACGCAGCCCGCACGCGGUUCCGCGUGCCCUGGAAGCACUUCGCGCGGAAGGACCUGGGAGAGGCGGAUUCACGCAUCUUCAAGGCUUGGGCUGUCGCGCGCGGCAGGUGGCCGCCCAGCAGCGGCGGCGGCGGUGACCAGUUGGCCCUUGAGGGCACACUCCGCGCCAGCUGGAAAACCAACUUCCGCUGUGCGCUACGCAGCACGCAGCGUUUCGUGAUGCUGCAAGACAACUCGGGGGACCCCAAUGACCCGCAUAAAGUGUACGGGCUCAGCUCCAAGCUGGGGUGGAGAGAAGGUGCGGGCAUUCACCAGGGGGAGGAGAAGGCCCUUGAAGAUGCCCUGCCCUCGAUGGGUGGGUUCCCUAGGCCAUGCCUGGCAGGGGACGCUGGUGAGAGCCCAGGGCUCGGGCUGGAACCUGAGCCCUGUGCCCCAAGCCCCCUCUUUGGCCCAGCUGGCAACGCUGGGGACCUCUUGCUCCAGGCUCUACAGCAGAGCUGCCUGGAGGACCAUCUGCUGGAAGCUGCAUGGGGGGCGGAGUCAGCCCCCCCAGAGGCUCCUGGCCCAGAGCUCCCGGACACAGAGCCGUCCCUGCCAAGGGCAGGAGAGCUGGCCCCCAUGCACCAGGCCCAGGUGACAGAUGCAGCCCUGGAGCCCUGCCCCCCAGUGGCAGGGGAGCAGAUCCUGGCCAGGCCUGGCCGCGCCCCGCCGGCAGCCCAGGCAGAGCCCAGCCUCAGGGCCCUGGAUGUGACCAUCACGUACAAGGGCCGCACCGUGCUGCAGGAGACGGUGUGGCAUCCCAGCUUCGUGCUCCUGUACGGGCCCCCGAGCCCAGCCGCCACGGCCACGGCGUCCCAGCACGUGGCCUUCCCGAGCCCGGCCGAGCUCCCUGACCAGAAGCAGCUGCACUACACCGAGAAGCUGCUGCAGCACGUGGCCCCUGGCCUGCAGCUGGAGUUGCGGGGGCACGGGCUGUGGGCCCGGCGCCUGGGCAAAUGCAAGGUCUACUGGGAGGUGGGCGGGCCCCUGGGCUCUGCCAGCCCCUCCACACCCCCCCGCCUGCUGCAAAGGAACCAGGACACCCCGAUCUUCGACUUCGGCACCUUCUUCCGAGAGAUGAUGGAGUUCCGGGCUCGCCGGCGUCGGGGCUCCCCACACUACACCAUCUACCUGGGCUUUGGGCAGGACCUGUCAGCUGGGAGGCCCAAGGAGAAGAGCCUGGUCCUGGUGAAGCUGGAGCCACGGCUGUGCCGGGCGCACCUGGAGUGCGUGCAGCGAGAAGGGGUGUCCUCCCUGGACAGCAGCAGCCUCGGCCUCUGCCUGUCCAGCUCCAACAGCCUCUACGAAGACCUGGAGCACUUCCUCAUGGAGGUGGAGCAGCCGGCCUGAGGGCCAGACCUCUCUCUUCAAGCCAAUAAAAAGGACUCGAGACUCA